AUGGCUGACGUUCAAGAAACAAAACUAAAAUAUCGCAGAGGAACAUGUUUUAGUAAUCGGACUGCAGCUGUCAAAAAUGCAUUUACACGAUUAUUUAAUCCGAAUUGGGUGAAAGAGCAAGUAGAUUAUGUUCGUCAAAAAAUAGCAUUUUAUAAUUACUCACUAAGUACAAGAGAAUCUUUUAGUUUUUCCUUGUGCUCUCGGUGUAAUAGUUCCUUAUUGAGAUUAUCGUCUAAGGCAAAGAAGCUUAAAACAUUAAAUUCAAACCCAUCAAAUUCCAUAAUUGCGAAUAAUAACUUUCAAGAAAUUGAAACAUAUGAUCUUACUACUUCAAUGAGUGAACCUUCUGAAUUCGAAGAAAUGUAUGAAUUGGAGUCGAAUAAACAAAAUUAUUAUAAAAAGGAAUAUA